AUGGAGGACAAAAGUGAGAAAUAUGUCAAGAAGAAGAAGGUGCACCAAACCACCCUUAUUGGGACUGCCUUCCACCUGGAAAUUGCUGUCCUCACUGAGGAAGAACAUGUGGAUCAAGUGUCAGGGGGAUGUUGGGUACUGCAGUUGGCGGCAUGGGACCUGCUCUGCGAGCACAACAACGAGGACCACCGGACCUCCGACGCGGGUUCCCAGCGUCUCCUGGUGCCAGCCCUUCCUUGUGACGCUGCACUUCUCCGGAAGGCCCUUCGACAAAGCAGUCCUUGCCCCAAUGAGACAUCAGGGACCAAGGCCUCCUUCCCUGUUUCUUGCUUCCUGGAAAAGACAGCAUGGAGUUCUGCUGUGGAAAACCAGGACAGAUCUUCCCUGACCAUGUUCAUCUUCCCUCCUCCGGAUGCCCAGAUUGGUCGCUACCACCUAAACCUGGAGGUCUCCACCAAGGGUCAAGGGUCCAGCUACUACAUUGGAGAAUUCAUCCUACUCUUUAAUCCAUGCAUGACUGUUUUUUUCUCUCCAUUUUCCCUUGCGCUUUUCCAUUUGUGUCUUUCUCCUCUUUGCGCAGAGGACACCGUCUACAUGGAAAGCGAAGAGGCCCGCAUUGAAUAUGUCCUGACCCAACAUGGGCAGAUCUUCAACAGAAACAAGUACUGCAUCGGUUCCAUCCCAUGGAUGUAUGGGCAGUUUGAAAAAGGGAUUAUGGACAUCUGCCUGAAGAUGCUGGACACCAGCCUGAACUUCCUCCAGGACCAAGACAAGGACUGCUCCCGCCAUAACAGCCCCGUCUACGUCAGCCGCGUGGUGUAUUUUCACUGCUGGGCUGAAUCUUGGAUGGGACGUCCAGAUCUUCCAGAGGGAUAUGGUGGGUGGCAGGUUUUGGAUCCAACACCUCAAGAGAAAAGCGGAGACAUUUACUGCUGUGGCCCAGCACCCGUCAAGGCCAUCAAGGAAGGAGACGUUCACCUCAAGUAUGACGUCCCAUUUGUCUUUGCUGAGGUCAAUGCCGACAUGGUAUGUUAUCUGCGUCAGUAUGGCAUGCCCUGGAAAGUGAUCAGCAUUGACACCAGUAAGACGGGCAUGAACAUCAGCACCAAGAGCGUGGGCAGGGACACCAGGGAGGACAUAACCCACCUCUACAAGUACCCUGAAGGCUCAAAGGAAGAGCGGGCCGUUUUCGCAAAGGCAAGGCAUAAGGUUCAGGACCAGGUCCAGUGCAAAGACUCACUGCCACUGAAGGAAACUCUGAAGGUCAGGAUCAAAGUCUCUGAGGGGAUCAACAACGGCUGCGACUUUGAUGUCUUUGCUGUUAUCAAAAACAACACGGCAGGAAAGCACUGGUGCGAACUGAAGAUUGGCACUCGUAUCGUCAGCUACAAUGGGGCGCUGGGUCCUGAAUGCAGAUCCAAAGACAAUCUCGGCAUCACACUGGAGCCAUAUGAGGAGAAGGCCAUUCCCUUUCAAAUCCUUUAUAAAAAGUAUGGCCAGCGCUUGACUCAGGACAACAUGAUCAGGGUGACAUCCCUCCUCCUUUGCCAGGACACCCAGGAGUAUUUUGUUGGGAUGAGGAACAUUUACAUCAAGAACCCGGACAUCAAAAUCCAGAUCCUGGGGGAGCCGAUGCUGAAUCGGAGGCUGGUGGCUGAACUGACGCUGACCAACCCACUCCCAGCCCCACUGACUGACUGUGUCUUCACUGUGCAAGGGGCUGGACUCACGGGUGGACAGAAGGUCCAGAAGAUUGAUUCCCCGGUCGGUCCAGGUGAAGAAGCCAAAGUCAAGGUGGACUUUGUUCCCUUCCUGUCCGGCCCCCGGAAGCUGGUGGUGAACUUUGAAAGCAACAAACUGAAAGGAGUGAAGGGCUAUUGCAACAUCAACGUUGCUCCAAUUCCAAAGUGAAGUUGUGAUAUCCACAAUCUCAAGGUUCACUUUCCCGGCAUGCUGGUUCCAAUGAAUACAUGCAGAGACCAAGAGCAACAUCAGAAGCCAGUUUGUUGCAUCAUUGCCCAAGGCAAGAUGUCGGGAAUUCUCCCAGACCUGACAUCAUCAUGAUUAUAAUAUUUUACAUGUGCUGGAAUUGGUGUAAAUUACAAUCCGUGAUCUCAUUGGUUCAAAAGUACAUUCAUUUACAGUUUGUGAUUGGCGCCUGAUAUGCCGGGAAACGUAAUAAAGUUUUUA